CCCUUCUCCUUUCUGGUCUUUGUCUUGCCUCCCAAGGUUGGCCGUCGACGUGUGACGUAAUUACUUUCCCAGCAGUGCUCAGGUUCUUGCUGCUAACGGUAACUGCUCUCGGUUUGAGUUGCUCCUGGUCUUCCUCCGCUCACAGGAACAUUGCAACAAUGUCUUUGUACCCAUCACUUGAAGACCUCAAAGUCGACAAAGUUAUCCAGGCGCAGACAGCUUUUUCAUCAAACCAUGCUAAUCCAGCUAUUUUGUCAGAAGCCUCUGCAUCUGCACCUCAACCAGGAGGAUUGUAUCCUAAAUUGUAUCCAGAGCUUGCUCAGUACAUGGGAAUAAAUCUGACUGAAGAUGAAAUACACAAAAAUAUGGCACUGGUUCCCUCUGCUGGGCAACAAGUUGCAAGACCCUCAACCUAUAAUAACAUGGUGGCUCCUGUGAGUGGAUGUGAUGUUGGAAUUCGCAGAGCAGAAAUAAGACAGGGAGUUCGUGAACUAAUAUUGUGCAAAGACCAGGAUGGGAAGAUUGGGCUUCGCCUUAAGUCAGUCGAUAAUGGUAUUUUUGUACAACUUGUACAAGCCAACUCUCCAUCAUCCUUGGUUGGCCUGAAAUUUGGCGAUCAGGUUUUGCAAAUAAAUGGUGAAAACUGUGCUGGUUGGAGUUCUGACAAAUCCCAUAAAUUUCUGAAGCAGGCUGCUGGAGAAAAAAUUUCUAUGGUGGUUCGAGACAGGCCUUUUGAACGCACCAUAACCAUGCACAAAGGCAGUGCAGGACAUGUUGGCUUCAUUUUCAAGAAUGGAAAAAUAACAUCAAUCGUUAAGGAUAGCUCUGCAGCAAGAAAUGGUCUCCUCACAGAACAUAACCUGUGUGAAAUCAAUGGCCAGAAUGUGAUUGGGCUAAAGGAUUCCCAGAUUGCUGACAUACUUGGAACAUCUUUGAAUGUAGUGACGCUCACCGUAAUGCCAUCCUAUAUCUAUGAGCAUAUGGUAAAAAGAAUGGCUUCAAAUGUUAUUAAGAACUUGAUGGACCACAGUGUUCCUGAGGUUUAAAGGAUAUCGUCACAUUUUGCCUGAAAGCAGAAUCUCUACUGAGCUUGGACAUAUUUUAUUCAGCAGCCAUCUAGGAUAUCUUACAAGACCAAUAUUUUUUCUUUUUAUACUGCAUGUUAACAGUUGCAUUAUAUAAAACUUCAGGGCCUAUUCCAAGUCAGCUCUAAAUAUAUGUAUGUGCUACUAUUACUCUUUUUUUCUAUAGGUAGACUACCGCAUUUCGAUCAUAUGUUUAAUAGCUGUUAUUUCUAGUCUUGCAAGCGCUGAAUGAGUGUUUGUUUCACAAACAUGAAAAUCUCCUGAAAACUCUGAUUUAGUUAUCAGCCAUGUUACUUGUACCAGUAUCUGUUUACUCCUAUAAUAAGAUUAUAAAUGCACUAUUGCUUUAGAUGGUUGAUUACUAAUUUUACAGUUAGAGAAGUGUGCCUGAAAAUGCUGUAAUUUUCUAUUACCUGUACAAGAUAGCUAUUUUCAUAUGUAUUGAUCCUGUAAAAAUGCAUGUAACGAAUAACUCCUAGAAUGUGCUAAUUGCUGCGAUUUAAGUUCUUCAGCACACUGAUGGCUAAUGUUGGGCUUUCCAUGAUGCUCUACAAGCACGGUUAGCCAUCACUGUCCUAGCAGAACGUAGGUAUGAAGAAGAUUCUAGCAAACUCUGAAUGUCAACAAUAUGUCGUACACAAGGUCAUGUGUUGGCAACAACCAUUAGUUGUAGACCAAGUUUCUCCAGUGAUGUGCAUGGUCUAUUCCAGAUCGAAGCACAAUUAUUUACAGCUUCCCCUCCAUGAUUUAAGUCCGUUAAUAUUACUACCUUGAAUAAUGUCUGUUUAAUUUUUUAAUCUGUCCAUUAGUUAUCUUUUUGUAAACGAAUGCUGUUACGUUGCUGCACAUAGCCAGAUAUAAGAAUUAUUGCAAAUUCCUCCAAUUUAUUUUGCAUAACAGAUUUGAGACUUUUGACUCCAAAAAUCUGUGGGGUAUUUUUUUUUGCCUCUUAGAUAAAGUACAUUUUCAAAAUAAUACUAUUAAAGGAAAAAUGUCUGCCUUACUGUAAUACAUUCAGUGGUUUGGUUUAUGUACAAAACAUAUGUGCUACCACACUUUUCUUAUGUAUCACUGAAAUCUUUUAAGGCAUACAGCCUACGUAUCAAAAUAAAAUUAUAUUCAGAUACAUGGUA